GGAGACCUCUCAACACUGGAGCAGCUCUCCAGUACGUGAGGGACAAUGUCUUUACUGCCUCCUCCGGAAGCAGACGCUUGGAAGGCGUUCCACAGCUACUGAUUCUGUUGAGUGGUGGAAGGUCCGUUGACAAUGUUGACACGCCAGCCUCUGCUCUGAAGGAGCUUGGGGUUUUGGUCUUUGGAAUUGGAACAAGGAGCUCUGAUAGCAGAGAAUUGCAGAGGAUAUCACAUGAUCCCAGUUACGCUCUGUCUGUCUCAGACUUUACUGACCUUCCGAGCAUCCAGCAGCAACUUCUGUCCUCGGUGGAGGCAGUGGUUAUUGAUGUUACUCCAGAAUCACCAACAGUUUUAGUUGAUCAUGACACCGCCAGAAAGGAUGUGGUAUUCCUUCUGGAUGGUUCUGAUGGCACAAGGAAUGGAUUCCCAGCAAUGCGUGAUUUUGUUCAGAGAGUAGUAGAGAAACUCAAUGUGGGAGGAGACAAAGACCGCGUUUCUGUGGUCCAGUACGGUAGAGAUCAAGAAGUUAAUUUCUAUCUGAACACAUACACCACGAAGGGCGACAUUCUUGACAUCGUCAGAGGUCUGAGGCACAGAGGAGGUAGACCCCUCAACACUGGGGCAGCCCUCCAGUAUGUAAGGGACAACGUCUUUACUGCCUCCUCAGGAAGCAGAAGCCAAGAUGGUGUCCCUCAGAUGCUGAUACUGCUGAGUGGCGGGAGGUCCAAUGAUAAUGUUGAUAUACCAGUUUCUGCCCUCAAAGAGAGUGGGGUCUUGAUCUUUGGCAUUGGAAACAGAAAUUCUAGCAAAGAGGUUCAAAGGAUUGCCUCUGACCCCAGUUAUUCCCAGUCUGUUUCUGAAUUCUCUGAUCUCCCCAGCGUCCAGGAUAAGUUUUUCUCCUCACUCAUUACUGUACACGUUGGCGCAACACCCAUUUCCCCAACAGUCAUAGUGGACCUAAGCGUCGCCAGAAAGGAUGUAUUAUUCUUGCUGGAUGGUUCUGAUGGCACUAGGAAUGGCUUCCCAGAAAUGCGUGACUUUGUUCAAAGAGUAGUGGAGAAACUCACUGUAGGGGAGAACAGAGAUCGAGUCUCUGUGGUACAGUAUAGCAGAGAACCAGAGGUCCACUUCUAUCUGAACACUUACACAAGAAAAGAAGAGGUUGUUGACACCGUAAGAGGGCUGAAGCACAAAGGAGGGAGACCCCUCAACACUGGAGCAGCUCUCCAGUAUGUCAGGGACUACGUCUUUACUGCCUCCUCUGGAAGUAGGCGCCUUGAAAGUGUUCCACAGAUUCUGAUACUGCUAAAUGGGGGAAGGUCCUAUGACAAUGUAGAUAAACCCUCUUCUGCUCUCAAGGAGCUUGGUGUCUUGGUGUUUGGAAUUGGAACAAGUAGCUCUGAUAGCAGAGAGUUACAGAAGAUAUCCUAUGACCCCAGUUAUGCUCUCUCCGUGUCUGAAUUUACUGACCUUCGCAACAUCCAACAGCAGCUUCUUUCUGCCAUGAACACUGCCAUUAUACAGGACACAACCAUGACACCAACACUAAUACCAACAAUACUAGUUGAGAGUCAGGCUCCCAGGAGGGAUGUUGUGUUCUUGCUGGAUGGAUCUGAUGGCACUAGGAGUGGAUUCCCAGCCAUGCGUGACUUUGUUCAAAGAGUGGUGGAGACACUCAGUGUGGAUGAGAACAAAGAUCGCGUUGCGGUGGUCCAGUACAGUAGAGAUCCAGCCGCCCAAUUCUAUCUGAACACAUACACAACAAAGGGAGAGAUUCUCAACACUGUAAGAGGUCUGAGACACAAAGGCGGGAGACCUCUCAACACUGGAGCAGCUCUCCAGUACGUGAGGGACAAUGUCUUUACUGCCUCCUCCGGAAGCAGACGCUUGGAAGGCGUUCCACAGCUACUGAUUCUGUUGAGUGGUGGAAGGUCCGUUGACAAUGUUGACACGCCAGCCUCUGCUCUGAAGGAGCUUGGGGUUUUGGUCUUUGGAAUUGGAACAAGGAGCUCUGAUAGCAGAGAAUUGCAGAGGAUAUCACAUGAUCCCAGUUACGCUCUGUCUGUCUCAGACUUUACUGACCUUCCGAGCAUCCAGCAGCAACUUCUGUCCUCGGUGGAGGCAGUGGUUAUUGAUGUUACUCCAGAAUCACCAACAGUUUUAGUUGAUCAUGACACCGCCAGAAAGGAUGUGGUAUUCCUUCUGGAUGGUUCUGAUGGCACAAGGAAUGGAUUCCCAGCAAUGCGUGAUUUUGUUCAGAGAGUAGUAGAGAAACUCAAUGUGGAGGAGACAAAGACCGCGUUUCUGUGGUCCAGUACGGUAGAGAUCAAGAAGUUAAUUUCUAUCUGA